GGAAGACUGAGAGCACUUCAUGUUCCCUGCUCCUCUGGUCACCUUGUCCCUAUGUCCCUCCUCUACUCAGACAGAGGAAGGGUGGAGCCACACCGACUGAAAGCCAAGACACAGAGAGCGGCUAUUGGCACCAGUAUAGGGAAGGUGGAGUCACUGGGAGAAUGUAAUUUUGAAUAACAGACUGGGACUUGGUCUAAGUUGCAUCAAGAGAGACUUUCAAAGAAAAAUAAAACCCAGGUUUGAAUGUUGUUCUGUGUCGGAUCUGCUGCCUUGAGGGGAGAUAAUAUAGUCAGUUUCUCUGUUCCUGCUCUGGCUUCCUCCCUGUCAUCUCAUCAUGGUGGACCUGUUUGUUGAUCGGGUGCUUGUGAAGAACAACAAGGAUCAGGAUGAGUUGGACACAGAGCGUGAGAUCGUCAUGCGCCUGCAAAACCGAAUCCUGAUGCUCUUCUUUGCCUCUGCUGAGUCUGAGACCUGCCAACAGUUUGCCCCCACGCUCCAUGACUUCUUCAAACAGCUGACUGAUGAGUUCUACGUGGAGCGCGCCGCUCAGCUGGUUCUUCUCUACAUCAGUCUGGAUCAAACAGAGGAACAGCUUGAAAACUUCCUGAAGGAGCUCCCAAAGAAGUCGCUGUUCCUCGCUUAUGAGGAUCCAUACAGGAGGGAGCUGGAGGCCAUGUUUAAUGUGAAGGAGGUGCCCACAGUGGUGGUCCUGCGUCCCGACUGCUCCAUCCUGACCCCCAACGCAGUGGAGGAGAUCACCCAGAUGGGUCCAGACUGCUACCGCAACUGGCACGAGGCAGCCGAGCUCAUCGAAAGAAACUUCCUCUCAAAGGAGGACUUUGAGGACAAGUCCAUGCGCAGCUUUAGCGACCCUGUCAGAAGACUCAAGUACAAGGUGGAGGAUGAGAAGAAAAAGGAGAAAAAGAAGAAGAAGAACAAAAACAGAGGUUGGGGUGGAGGAGGUGAUGACGGUGAUGAAGCUGAGGCCAGAGGAGGAGGAGGAAGAGAUGAUAAGGAUGGAGGAGGGUCCAUGUGGUGAUGGAGAUCAUGAAAAAAACAAUGCUGUGAAUUUGACCCAAUGGAGAUAAAUCGAUUAUUAUUCUUUAAGAGAAUUUUGCUUUUAUUGGAUAUUUUCAGAGUAAAUCUCUACAUCGGGAUAGUUUCACAUUAUUUUUUUAAACUAUGGUUUAAACCAAACAGAGGUUGUGAUGAUCUCUUUGGCCCAGUGUGCGAGCUCUGCAAAAUUACGGUAUAUGCAUCCCUUUAGGCUUUUUACACUUUGUAACAUUCUAUUUAUAAAAGUUAGGAGCAAAAAAGCAAAGGUUCAAAAGAGCACAGAUUAAGGCAGUGGAAUAGAAAAACAUCUCUAUCGUUUAAAUGAAUAUUUGUAAAAAAAAAAAAAAAAA